AUGCCGCUCUUGAAGGACGCCGUGCCCCUCAUGAAGGAGCCCCAUCCGCAGCCUCAGGCCCCUCUUCCGUGGAUCCUCCCGAGCCUGUUUGCCGCCUUCAAUGUAGUGCUGCUGGUGGUUUUCAGUGGCCUCUUCUUCGCAUUCCCUUGCAGAUGGCUGGCCCAGAACGGGGAGUGGGCCUUUCCCCUCGUCACAGGCCUCCUCUGUGUCCUCACCGUCUUCAGUCUGGUUUCACUCAAUUUCUCAGACCCCGGCAUCUUGCAUCAAGGCUCCAACGAACAGGGCCCCAUGGUGGUGCAUGUGGUGUGGGUGAACCACAGGGCCUUCCGCCUGCAGUGGUGCCAAAAGUGCUGCUUCCACCGGCCGCCCCGGACCCACCACUGUCCCCGGUGCAACAUCUGUGUAGAAGACUUUGACCACCACUGCAAAUGGGUCAAUAACUGCAUUGGUCACCGCAACUUCCGCUUCUUCAUGCUGCUGGUCCUGUCCUUAUGUCUCUACUCGGGUGCCAUGCUGGUGACCUGCCUGAUCUUCCUGGUGCGCACGACCCACCUGCCCUUCUCCAUGGACAAAGCCAUCGCCAUUCUGGUGGCUGUACCCGCCGCCGGCUUCCUGGUGCCGCUCUUCCUGCUGCUGCUGGUCCAGGCCAUGUCGGUGAGCGCGGCGGAGCGCUCCUACGAGGGGAAGUGCCAAUACCUGCAGGGAUACAACCCCUUUGACCAUGGCUGUGCCAACAACUGGUAUUUAACAAUUUGUGCACCGCUGGGACCCAAGUACAUGGCCGAAGCUGUCUGGCUACAGAGAAUGGUGGGGUCUGACUGGGUGCCCAUGCAGAACCUUCACUUCCCAAUGUGCCCCUCAGUGCUCAGUCCCCCAGCUGUCCCAGGGCCUGGGCCUGGCCCCCAACCCCAAUCUCUGAGUCUCUACAAACCAGGGAAUGGUCCCCCAGGGAGUGGUGAGGCUGCAGCCCUCCAGGAGUUCUUUGAAGAACCAGUCACUGUGGACGGGAAGAGCAGUGAACAAAACAGACAGAAGUCCUGA